AUGCGUGCACCAAGACUGUCUUUUUCUGAGGAGUUUAGGGAUGAAUGGGAUAAAGAGAAUAAGGAUCCAAUUACAAUGGAAUUCGCAUCUAAUACAAUCACAAGCCGCAGAAAGAAAACCUCAGAAGCAGAAAAUAAAACAAAAGAGACAAUUGACACAAUUGAGACAAAUACAAGAGCAGAAUUACCUUGGCUAAAUGAAUUAUUAGGGUGUAUAUUAUAA